UUGACGUGCAAAAACUUCAGCGCUAAUUGAGCUCGGUUUCCGAGAAACAUACUACCAAUUCCGAUCCAGUCGAGAUGUCUUCUGUGUCAGGGAGCUCAUCCCGCGGCGGCGACGACGCGACGUGGAGCGCCAAGGAGAACAAGUUGUUCGAGGAGGCACUCGCCUACCACGGCGAGGGCACUCCCGACCGCUGGCUCAAGGUGUCUCGCGCCAUGGGUGGGACCAAGACGGCCGCCGAGGUGCGCCGCCACUAUGAGAUCCUCGUGGACGACAUCAAGCUCAUCGAGUCCGGCAGGGUCUCGUUCCCCAAGUACAAGGACAACACCCAGGGGCCUUGGAACUGAUUCCUCAUGGAGCGAAGCAUCUGAAUUCCGAAGAUCUGGCAAUCAGGAGAACCUGUUGAUAAUCUAGUCCUUAGUUGGGACCAUGUUACUUAAGCAAUAAAAAGAAGAAAACAUGUGUGUGUUUGUGUUUGUGUUUGUGUGUGUAAUUUUAGGUUUGUAAGCAAAUCAAGUGCGCCUAGUCUUGCAGACGGUAGCAUGUAAUUUUCAUUGCCUAUACUUAGUUUUUACUCCUCCGGUCCUCCCCAAUAUGUUUUGGAGUAAACAUCAGUGUUGUAAAUCCCCAGUACUUGUUUGCAGUGUUUAUGAACCUGUGCUUGUUACAAUAUACAUGCUUUGUCUA